AAUUGAAUGCCUGAAGCUGCUGCAAACUUCAGAUUGUAAGGGCUUCAUCUGAAAUGCAACAACACAGAAGCUGUUAAUAUCUGAGUUCUCUUGUAAGAAUUAAAUCUACUGAGGAUUUUCUACUUUUAUUUUCAGACGGUAACCUAUUUUUUAUUUUUAAUAUUUAAUUAGAUGGGUUUUCUCCAGAGGUGCCCUAUGGCCAAGAAUAGCUGAAUUCACACACACACACGUGCACACGCACACACACAUUUUAAUGAGCUUCAAUUGCCCUACAUAGAAAGCGUUGAUCAUUUUAUCAUUGGUUCAGACACACAUUGAGGUGGAGACUUGCAGAACUAGCUUUCACAACCCUCAAAAUGUGCAGUAUUUCAUUUCUGCUGUUGAACUGCACUGCUAUCUGAAGACAAACCCACGAAUAAUUCUGCAUGAUCACACUGUUCACUCAGCCGGAGCAACACCACUCUCCUGUUUAGAUCAGCUACUACUCAAUGAAAUGGCAGAACAUGGAGCAGAUUCUGAAGCACCACAGAGGCGUGUAGGCAUGAACAAGGAACAGCAAAAUGGUACCUUUGCAGACCCUGCGUCGCUCAGUGAGAGAAAGCAGAAGGACAGAGAGGAGAGGCUGAGCCUUGUCCUCUGGAAGCGACCUCGUAUUACAUUGCAGUAUUUUUUCCUGGAAACCCUGAUAGACUUGAAAGAAUGGACAAUAAAAUUAUGGCAGAGGAGAGGGAUGGUUUUAAGUAUUUUGUUGCUGCUUGCAUGUCUUACACUUGCAUAUUAUACUGAAGGAACGCAUCAGAAGUAUGUGCAGUACUUGGAGAAGAAGUCUAUGUGGUGUGCCUACUGGGUAGGCUUGGGCAUUUUAUCCUCCGUUGGUCUUGGAACUGGACUUCACACCUUCCUGCUUUAUUUGGGUCCACAUAUUGCAUCAGUGACUCUGGCUGCAUAUGAAUGUAACUCUGUGAACUUCCCCGAGCCUCCUUAUCCAGAGAAGAUUAUUUGUCCUGAUGAGGAAGGUCUUGAAGCCGGAGCCAUCUCUCUAUGGACCAUCAUCUCGAAGGUCCGACUGGAGGCCUGCAUGUGGGGCGCUGGCACUGCCAUUGGCGAGCUUCCUCCCUACUUCAUGGCGCGGGCUGCAAGGAUGUCUGGCGCUGAACCGGAUGAUGAAGACUAUGAGGAAUUCGAAGAGAUGCUGGAACACACUCAGAGCGCACAGGACUUUGCCAGUCGGGCAAAGCUUGCAGUCCAGAACAUGGUUCAGAAAGUGGGAUUUUUUGGGAUUCUAGCUUGCGCUUCAAUCCCAAAUCCUCUCUUUGAUCUGGCUGGAAUAACAUGUGGGCAUUUCCUUGUCCCUUUUUGGACCUUUUUUGGGGCGACGCUUAUUGGAAAAGCCAUUGUUAAAAUGCACAUCCAGAAACUGUUUGUUAUAAUAACAUUUAGCAAACACAUAGUGGAGCAGAUGGUGUCCCUUAUCGGUGCCAUCCCAGGUGUAGGUUCUUCGCUACAGAAGCCCUUCAGUCAUUACCUGGAAGCACAACGGGCCAAACUGCACCACAAAGCUGGGGAGGCAGCACCCGCGAGUGAAAACUGGCUGUCCUGGGUGUUUGAGAAAGUGGUGCUCAUCAUGGUGUGUUAUUUCAUUUGUUCCAUCGUAAACUCGAUGGCACAGAGCUAUGCCAAACGAAUCCAGCAGCGGAAAUAUUCGGAAGAGAAAAUAAAAUGAUAUUAAACGUAUUGUCUUAACAGGUACAGGGUAGAUUGUGCAGGGUAAUGCUGUGGUUACAAACUGCAUUUCUUCCAUUUUAAUAAGCUGCAUCUGUAAAACUGGCAUUAUUAAAAGUGAGGCAUAUUUAUUUAAUGUUAAAUAUUUUUUUUUUUUUUUUUUUAGGAAGUACAAAUACAGUAACAGUAAAAGAUUUAGACUUUCAGAUAAAAUAUUGCUAAAUGUUUUUUUGUUUGUUUGUUUUUUGACCAGUUUUCUGCUUUAAUUAAGUGAAAGUGGUAUUCUGUGGGCUGUGAUAAACCAUUUCAUAUAAUAAUUAAUUAUGAAUACCAUGAAACAUUCAAUAAGGCCGCACUGUGAUCGCCAGUUGCUGGUAUUUUACCUAUGUUGUUUAAGGCCUUCUUCAACUUCGUGGGCCCUGCUUCUACUGAAGUGAACUAUGUUCUUGAGGGUCUGCGUUUUGAUUUAAAUUUAUCUCUCUGUAUAGUUGUAGGGAUGCAUUUUUUUGUUGUAAUAUUGAUAUUAUUAACAACUUGUAACUGGCAAGGAACUUUCUUGCCUUUUUUUUCAAUACUUAUUUAUCUCCAUAAUACUUGCGUUGUACCCUUUUUCUCUGUUUUACUAGUUAGCAAUAUGAAGAAGACUAAUAUACAUGGUAUUUAAAUUCAUUGCACACCCUGUAAAUAAGUCUUUAAUUUGACUUUAUGUGCAAAGCUCCAAAAUAUGGUUCAUUUGUACGUGUACAUACAACGAUUUCACGCCAUUUUUGUUUUGUACAUUAAGACUGAGAUUUUUGAUCAGAAUUUAUAAAAAUCACCCUGACUCAUUCUACACCUUUUUUGUCUGGAUGUUUUGUUUCUCUUCCUUUUAUAUUCUAUUAAUUAUAUAUUUGUUGCAUGUUUUUUUUUUUUUUGGAAUGGGGUGGGGGGGUAGGUUUUGAACCACUAGGUUUAGACACUGCUUUUAAACUGUAUUAUCCCAAUUUGCCUAUUCUAGUUAUGCAUGUUCUACGCUGGGUAGAGUUGAGGCAAUCAAAAUAUGUACUAAAUAUGGGACCAAAGGUAACUAACUGUCAUUGGACCAUGAGUAUAUUUUCUGGGUUAAAGGGAAAUUUAAAUCUUUUGGCUUGUGAACUGAGGUUUGCUAUUUUACCUAUUUUAUUAUUAUUUAUUUAUUGAGGGUACCGGUAAAUAGAUGUGGUGCCCAUUGCCGGCAAAUGUUUACGGUUGAAGCUGAUUCAAAUAGAUGGGCAAAGUAGUUUCUGGAAAUCAUUGUAGUGCUGAAAAGGUGCGUACUUCUCAUUAGGUCCCAGGUAAGUUGUUUAUUGGGGAUUAGAACAUUUUGCAUUUGUGUCCCAUAGUGUCUGCCUCACUGUGACAUCUUCAUCACUGUUCCAUCCUGUCAGAUAGCUUAUCAGACUGGUGUUGGCUGUUAGAUCACAUGGCGACAACAGUCUGUAGGCUGUCUGACAUUUUGGGGUCUUUCAUCAGACCAACAUCCUGCUUAUUCAACGGCUCUCCGUUCUCAUUUCAAGUGUGUUAAGUUUUUCAUUAAAAGAAAAAUCUUUUAAAUCUAUAUACUUGGCUUCAUUAAACAUAAAUAGAUAUGACAUGGCAUUUAAGUAGAAUUCCAUUACAGUGCAGUAAUUGUUUUACGGUUUAAUUUAGGAAUGACAGACCUGUGAUUUUAAAAAAAGAAAUAAAAUUGUCACUGCAUUUUUACUUUAGCAGAACACAGUUGUGUUUAGCUCAGCUGUGCAAACUGUGUCCUUGAAUUGGCUCCAGUACCUUUUUAAGGUGUGCUCCUUGUGAACAGUAAUCAUAUCCUUAUCACCCAGAAGAACGUUCUGUACGUUUACAGGAUUUGGCUGUUUAAUUUCCUGUGAAUCAAGGAGGAUACCUAAUUGCAACAUCUAUAUUGUGAAACAGUGUUCAGUCAGGAGUGCAUUACAGUGAAUCUGCACUUGUAGCUUCCCUAUUAUCUCAAGAAGUGCUAUGGUUGUACAGUUUCGAUGUAUUGCUCAAUUCUUUUGUUUCAAGCUGCUUUUUCUUUUUUUUUGCCUUAGCGCAGCUUAACUUGUACUGCUUAGCAUGCAACAUGUUCUUGGCUUUCCAGGCAAGGCUUUCUGUGCUUUUACAGAGAAUAUAAAUAAUGUGGAUGAAAUAUCAAGCGACAUAACAUUUACUAUUAGUGGAAAAGAAUAAUAAACAACAUCUUUUUUUGGGGGGGGAGCCUGUUUAAAACUCAGAUGAAGGAACUGUGAUGGAAAUAUUUUUGUUGGCAGAGUCUUAAGACGAUGUCCUGUUGCACAAGGAUGUGCCGCAGAAUGCUUUGUACUGUUGUGUACGUUUUUAAAUAAACAUUUAAACCAA